AUGACAUUUAGAUCCCGGAUAUCAGCCGAGGAAUUACACGAUGCGGCCACCAAAUUAGGAUUCAAAAUCCCCGAUGGGCCAGAAGCAGAGGCCUAUCUGCAUCUGCUUCAGUCAGCUGAGGCUGCGAUGAGACGGAUUCAAAGUGACGAUGACUAUAUCCAUCCAGCCUUGUCACCGGUCGAAACAAAGGACCCGAGAUUGUACUGGGAGCCUGCAGCUGCGGAUAAUCCCAUGAAUGCAUGGAAGCAUCGCUGUCAGUUGAUUGCGGCCAACCCGACCAGCACAACACUUCGCGGGAAGACUGUUGCAAUCAAAGACAACAUCUCAAUCGGUGGAUUACCCAUGACAGUCGGAACAUUCGCCGAGCUUCUAUGCGACGACACCGGUGCCCUCCCAAUCUCCCCGAUCGAUGCUUCUGUAGUCUCGCGUGUUCUGGCAGCUGGAGCGACAAUCAAAGGCUCCUCAAAUUGCGAAAACUAUUGCGCGUCUCCUCUCUCCUACAGUGCAGCCAGCGGACCCGUCCACAAUGCAUGGCUGCAUGGGUAUACCUCUGGGGGCAGCAGUAGUGGAUCUGCGAGUCUUGUCGCGGCCAAUAUUGUAGAACGCGAACAGGGAGCACCAUUUGGAGACGUGGUUGAUUUGGGAAUCGGCGGUGAUCAAGCGGGUUCCGUGAGGAUACCUGCUUCAUACAGUGGGAUAUAUGGGCUCAAGCCUACCUAUGGUCUGGUCCCAUAUACUGGCGCAGUAUCUCUAGCACCAAUGCUUGAUCAUCUAGGUCCUCUUGCCAGCACACUGGAAGACAUUGCGUCUUUGCUUCAGGUGAUGGCGGGCUAUGAUGGACUCGAUCCGCGUAUGACGCCCGAAUCUCCAUUGCGAUCCCAAGUGCAGAACCAUCCCCGCCUUUUGUCAGAUUUUCGAAAUCGCACACUUGAGGAUGGCCAGAAACGCGGCUCGGGGCUGAAGAUUGGUCUGCUCAUCGAGUCCUUCGAGGUACCAGGACUGUCCGACGAGGUUCGCGAUGCCGUCCGACAAGCCGCGCGGCAUUGCUUCACAGCUGCCGGGGCAGAAGUGCUCGAUAUAUCCGUUCCAAUGCACCGUGACGGGAGUUUGAUCUGGACAGCAGCUAGCCGGAUGUCGAUGUCCGAAUGGGUGUGUCAAGGCAAGACGUCGGGGUUUCUCUCCUUUCUGCCGCCGCAUAUCCAAGCAAGAUGGCCUCCAGACCAAGAUAUGUAUGAAUUGCUGACGGCGACCAACCCAGCCCUCGUGAAUGUGAUGCUGAGCGGGCCUUUCCUAGAGAAGCACUUUGGUGCAGGCGUUGAAGCCAAAGCCCAUCGCAAAGCAUUCGAGCUUCGAGCCGCCUACGACCAGGCGUUCACCCAAGUGGACAUCCUGGUCACACCCUGCGCCCCGACGGUUGCGAUGCCGCAUCCAAAGAUGCAGGCUGAUGCGGAUGGGCCGGCAUCGAGCAUCAUGGACAAGCUAUCAGCGGCGAUCGGGGUGACCACCAACACCGCGCCGUUCAACGUUACGGGCCAUCCGGCUCUCAGCGUGCCCUGUGGGUUUGGUCGAGGGCCCAAUAUGAGUGUCGAUUCGACCUCUGCGGCAUACUUGCCGAUUGGCAUGCAGCUGGUGGGGCGUCGAUGGGAAGACGCGACGGUGCUGGCAGCGGCGGCGGUUUGGGAGGAGGGCAGGCUGCUUUCAUCUGAUGCAUGA